UUAGGAGUCAAAGAACAGCCAAACAAUAGAAUCGCUUCUAAUCGAAGAAAUGGUUCGUCAGCUCAAGAGUCGCUUGAUUUUGGUUUGGCGUCCAUAGAGACACACCUGAAGUGGAGGCAUUGGUUCCGUGAAUCUCAGUUCUACAAAGUAGGCCUCCUUUAUAUGGGGACCAGACUCUGCGUUAACUUAACUCAAGUCUAUACUCCACUCUUCCUCCAGGACUCACUUCAUCUCAACAAGAUAGUAUCGCUUAUAUACCUCUUGUGAUAUACAGCUCUGGAUUCGUCUCAUCCUUUGUUAUGAAGUAUUUAAAUACAAGAAUCGGA